UGUUAGAAAAUACGCGCUAAAAUUUAUUUUUCAGUUGCACAUUGAUUCGUCUUCAUUGCUUUCCGUGAAUAAAAAAAACAUGGAGACAGAACAUUGGACAUUCUGUUUGUUUACGAUUUGUUUGUGCGGAGGCGUUUUGGGAAGCAACCUUUGCCAGUUUACCUCACAAUUCAACAAUGAAAAGGAAUUGGACGGAUCCAUGUUUGCCCCUGAUGGCUCCAUGGUUUACUUUUUAGAAGGAAAUCAAGAAAAUUGUUAUAUCGAUUUAGAUUUUGUGUUUGAGUUGAUCCCUAAAAAUACGCAUGAAGAAAAUGAAAAGAGAGGAGUCCUACUGAAAGAAAUUCAGUUUUACUGCGCCAAAAAAGUAUCGGUACAUUUUUUCACGAAGAUAACUUUUGACACAACUUACGACCAUACAAAAUUAUAUGUUGCGCUGGUGUUUGCGAGAUGCUCUGUUUAUUUGGAGGAUUUGUCUUUGUUUACAAAGUAUGGAACUAUUUGGUCGAUUGUUCAAAGCAAUGAUUCCUUGAUACAUGUCCCGUCACAGAUAGUAAAGUGUACUUUUACUAAGCAAAUACGAAUAAUUCAUUCGAAAAUAAACUGUGUGUCUGAGGCAAAGUUUUUCUGGGAAUUUUGCGAAGAGAUAUUUGAAAAGGUAAAUACUUUACAACUAGAAGCCUGUGCGACGAAUCAGUCAAGUAUAAAAGCGGAAUCUUUGACCAAAAGGUUUCCGGGGGUCCAAGCGUUACAACUAAAUAACAUUGAUUUGUCCACACAACUUACGUUUCCAUGGACUCAUUAUUUUGUCAAUUCGACAAAUAUCAGAUCAUUUACAUCGUAUGAGACCUAUAUGAAUGUAUCAGGAACUAGCAUAGGAAGAAAAAUUCAAAUAUACAACUCGGAAAUUGUUAAUAUGAUACGCCUGACAGGAAUGAUUUCAAACAUUGUCAUAAACAAUGCAAAUUUUAUCUCCAAUCAAAGUGAAAUAUUUAGAAAUGUAAUUGGACUGAACAGUGUAGACAUUUCUAACAAUACGAUGACUGAAAUAAAUGAACUCCUGUUCAAAAACCUCUCAGAUAUAAAAGACAUCAAUUUACAGCAUAAUCAACUGAAGACUCUUCCAGUUAACAUUUUUGAAGAUCAACGUCAUCUGUUAUUUCUAGACCUGUCAGACAAUAAACUGUCUUCGCUAGAUCGAAACCUGUUGAAAAAUCAACCAUUUCUACAAGAACUUCAUCUUGAAAAUAACAGACUGUCGGCAUUACCGCAUGGAUUCCUGAAAGAACAGAUAGGCUCUCUUAAAUUAUUGUUCUUGUUUUCGAAUCCAAUUAAGACAAUCCCAGUUAUGCCUUUCUACGGAGCAAGUAUUGAAAUGAUUGAUAUGCAUAAAAGCGACAUUACGGGAGAAAGUUUAUUAGAUCUGGCCAACGAUAUUAAUAUCUAUGAUUUUAUGUACGAGAACUUGGAACGCAGACAGUUAUCGUCAAGAACAAAAGGCGAAAGAGAGUUCCUUCAACGACCGCUCCUUGAUUUAUCCUUCAGUAACAUUAAAGAUAUUCACUUGGAUUUAAAUGUAAAAAAUCAGACUUUUAUGAAAAUUUUGCAGCUGUUUAAGUCAUUCAGCAUUAAAGGCGAUGGAAACCCAUUUAAAUGUAACUGCAGACUUUAUUCCAUUAGACUUCUCUUUUUAAUUAAAGAUACAAAGGAAUUUAAGUUGGAUUGGGUAUGUGAAUACCCAGAAGAACUUAAAGGGCGAAAAGUAACUAGCCUUACAGACCGAGAUAUCUAUUGCCCUAUCAAUGUUACUAACUGUCCGAGAGAGUGUGUCUGCUAUGUUAGAUACGAUUUAAGUUCAUGGAUUGUCGACUGUCGGAAUAUCAAUAUGACGAUAUUACCGCCCGUAAUGCCAAAAGAACCUUUGGAAUUAUGGUUCAAGAACACAAGUUUGCUUAGUCUAGACGAAAGGGACUAUUUCGUAAACGUGUCGGUUUUGGACGUUUCUGAAAACAAACUGACUCACAUUAAACCAUUAACUGCGUCAAAGUUACAAAAUGUUGCUGUUUUGAACAUAGAAAGCAAUCACUUUACGUCACUUCCGGUACAAAUAAGAUACACGGGCAUUAAAAGGCUAUAUUUAGCUAAGAAUCCUUUAAAGUGUGACUGUCACACAAAAUGGAUGAAAGCCUGGUUACUCGAUAAAUCUUGUCCUGUUAACGAUUGGAACACUAUAGAAUGUACAGACUAUACAAAGAGGGUUAAUACAUUUGUAACCACUCCAGAUUCCGUGUUUGUAUGCCAGGAGGUUGAAACCCUUAGUAUUGCAGAACACGUGAUAUUCCCGGCAACCAUUAUUGGAUCCUUUGUGUUUAUUAUUCUUGUUUUGUCUCUCACUAUCUAUUUCCAACGGUUUACGGUCAGGGUUUUGCUUUAUAUGAUAUUUGGAAUAAAACUAUUUUAUAGACGUAACAAUUAUGAGUACAAUUUAAGGUAUGAUUGUGUUGUUUUGUACGACAAAAAGGACGAAAACUUUGUCAACAAAAACGUCAAAAGUCCCCUGAAAGACUUAGGCUAUGAUGUAGCCGACAUUUACGACGACUCUAUAAUUGGAUUUACAUUUAUCGAUGGUAUAAAAAAGUUGAUUUGUAAUUCAAAAGUAAAAAUAUUCUGCUUAACAAGAAACAGUUUGAAUAACGACUUAAUAGCAGCUUUAUGGAAUAUUACUUCUGAACGAGGUCUCAAAAGUAAUUUGGGCUCAAUUAUACUUAUCUUAGACAAAGAGUUUCGGGAUAAAUAUACGGAGGAAAAUAUGCGUUUAUUUGUAAAAAGUGGUAGAUUCAUCAAAAUGGAUUCAUUGCUAUUGCAUAAAAGUAUAGCCUUUCUUAUGCCUCCUCAAAAACGUCUAAAUCACAAUCCGGAAACUAAUGAUAGCGGAAUAGAUUUUGAGGAUGUUGGAGCAAACAAUUUGCACUUAACGCAACAAAAACAUCGGCUCACAGCGAACACUAUCCAAGAAAACUCUAAUGAAAGAGAACGUGACAUCUUUAUAGUUUUUCCCGAAGAAAAUGACGAAUUACACCAACUUGCAAGGCAAACCAUCAUACCAUUUCUUCGAGAGAGUAACCAGAAAGCUAGUGUUCUAAAAGACGACUUUGUGUUUGGCGAAGAUAUUAGGAUGGGCAUAGAAACUAGACUAAAUAAAGCAAGGCAUGUGAUCUUUAUCGUAUCGAAGGAAGUUUUGGAAGAUGAAGUCUGGCAAUACAUCCUGAGUGCCAUUAUUACCAAAGCAUUUCUCUGUAACGGUAAUUAUCUGCUACUUUUUACAUACGGCCAGAUUGAUGAAAACGAUAUGUCGGAAAACUUAAAGAAAUAUGUCAAUAGUCAUAUUACGGCUAGUGUUAAUGAUCCGAACUUAAAAGAUCGUAUGCUAGCAGCUCUAACAUUUGAAGAAAACCAGGUUUGUGAUGAAGAUAGUGAAAGUGUGACGACAGAGAACAGUGCAGAUGAUGAAAAUUUAAUUUGAGAUUUGUAUAUAACGGUAUGGUAUGUUGCUACAUAAUGUGAUUUACUGUUGGAUUUAAAUUUUUACGAUUAUGUGAGAUCACAAAGCAAUCCAAAAACAAUAUGCACCCUGGUGGUUUUGUAAGGUAGUUUUAACGCGAAAAUAUUUUUUGUUGUUGACAUUAAGUUAUUCUUUCCCCCUCUUAUCUAUAAACGGAAAUAAAUGUUGUAAUUGUCGCAUCUGGCAUCCUGGUCAAUGGUCGUCCAACCUUUAUCCUGACCAUAACAUCUUCAUUACAUAAGAACCUUCAUACUUCCUGUAUUUAAGAAAGAUUUUGACAUCCAAAAUAUGACGGUGAUCCUUUUAUGUAUUUCAUAUUCAAUGUCAAAUUAACAAAGUUCCUCCUAUACAGGUACGCGUACUAUACGAUGGUAUUGUGUGCGAACAUACCUUUUUACGUUCAGAAGUUUUAAGAUUAAUUAUCAUUUCAUGAAAUCACAUUCAGAUUAUUCUUUUAUGUUUCAUACAGAUCAAUUUAAAAGCAGUCAUGGAAAUUCAAUGUAUUUACUAUUAAAGCGACGUGAAUGGAGAUUGUGGUGGUCUCAAAUUUAAAUGAUUCGGUGUUAAAUUACUGCUUUUAAUAAGGAAGUUAAAGCUAAAUUUAAACCUUCUUUUACUUGAUAGGACUUCGCGACUGUUUUUGUUGCUAUGAACAAUACACAGCGUCAAGCCUUCUUGUGACAAUUGAUAUGUCUGACGUCAUGUCAUGCUGUACAAUGCUUCUACUCGUUUAUGUUAAAUACUUUUGGUUAAUAACAACUUUUUAUCAAUUGUGUAAGACCUGUGUAAUUAUAUGAACACAAAAAAGUUGUUUAUUUUUCUCUACAAUUCUAUCUGAAACAGGCAUUGUUUACUACUAGUAAC